AUGACGUCUAUUGCACGAGGCAGACCGUCUCGGCGCUCCACCGCUUCGCGGAAGAGCUAUGUCGAAGAGAAUUCCGAAUCAGAGGAUCCUGGAAACGUUACCCCCACACCAUCCCAUCCCGACGAAGACGAUGAAGAGGAAGAGUUCACUCCAAAGCCGCAGAAGAAGGCGCCUACAAGAGCGCCACGCAGGCGUAUGACGUCCGAGGCGUCCGAGACCCCUAAAGCGCGAGCCCCCCGACGAUCGCGAAUGUCGAGGACGGCCGAGCCUUCAGACACAUCUUCCGUUGGCGACCCAAGCGAAGAAGGCGAGUCAGUGGUCAGCGCGCAAGAUGAAAACGAGUCACCUUCCUCGAACGCGACGGUCAAACGAAAAAGCAUGGGGCAUGAAGAGCCGGAGUCGCCUUCGCGUACUUCGGCACUAAAAAGACAAAGUAUGGCCCGCAAGAGUCGUGUUUCCUCCACACCCAACCCGGAAAAGUCCUCACUCCCAACUCCAGAGCCCUCGGUUUCGCCCGAACCUACACCCCGUCCCCAACGAGAAAGUGCGCCCCCACUCGCCGAUAUCACAGAUUCCGCAGUGAACCAGACGCCAGCGAAACCCGCAGAAGAUGUAAAGCCGCAGAUCUCCAUUAUCAACCCGAAUACGACCAUCCUAGAGAAACCCAUGGAUAUCAUGUUGAAAUCGCGGACACUCGGUCCUUCUAUGCCUGAAGAGCCUAAAGGUCCUCAAAGCCGUCUCAUGAUUACAACAUUAGUUCUGAAUAACUUCAAAAGUUACGCAGGGAAACAGAUAGUAGGGCCAUUCCAUGCGUCUUUCUCCUCUGUCGUCGGACCGAACGGAUCCGGAAAAUCGAACGUGAUCGAUGCCCUCUUGUUCGUGUUUGGAUUUCGAGCCAGCAAAAUGCGGCAGGGCAAGAUCUCUGCUUUGAUCCACAACUCGGCCAACCACCCGAACCUGCCAUUCUGUGAAGUGGAGGUCUAUUUUCAGGAAAUCAAUGAUCUCCCCGGUGGGGAGCAUGAAGUAGUCCCAGAUUCCCAACUGAUUAUCUCACGCAAGGCGUUUAAGAACAACUCCAGCAAAUAUUACAUGAAUGGCAAGGAGACGAACUUUACGGCAGUCACGACCCUCCUUCGCGACCGUGGCAUUGAUCUCGAUCAUAAGCGUUUCUUGAUUCUUCAGGGUGAAGUCGAGUCAAUUGCCCAGAUGAAGCCCAAAGCCGCGAAUGAGCACGAAGACGGCCUCUUGGAAUAUCUCGAGGAUAUCAUUGGCACUUCGAAGUAUAAGCAGCCGAUUGAAGAGGCCGCGGCUGAACUCGAAACCCUCAACGAUGUAUGCGUCGAAAAGAACAACCGUGUUCAGCAUGUCGAAAAGGAGAAGACCGCCCUCGUCGAUAAGAAAGAUAAGGCCUUAGCCUACCUCCGCGAGGAGAACGAGCUGGCCCAGAAGCAAUCUGCCUUGUAUCAAAUCUACAUUGAUGAAUGCGCCGACAAUCUGCGAGUUACGGAGGAGGCGAUUCUACAAAUGCAAGAGCUCUUGAACCUCGAGCUUGAGAAGCAUGAAGGCAAUGAAUCAGGGAUUAAGGAGCUAGAAAAAGCAUACAAGCGUGCUACUAAGGAGUACGAACAUAUGGAGAAGGAAACGCAAGAACUGGCCAAGGGCAUGGCAAAGUACGACAAGGAAUCUGUGAAGUUUGAGGAGAAAAAGAAAUUUCUCAUUGGGAAGCAGAAGAAGCUCGACAAGUCCAUGACGACUGCUCGCCUCGCUGUGUCGGAAUGCCAAAGCUUGGUUGAGAAACACAGUGAUGACAUUGAGAAGAAGAGCAAAGAAACCGCGGAAUUUGAGAAAGAGGUAGAAGAGGAGGAACAAGAACUUUCGGCUAUCCGAGAAGGCCUUAAAGGCAAAACGCAAGGGCUAUCCGACCAGAUUGCGGCGAAGCAAAAAUCUUUGGAGCCAUGGGAUGAGAAGAUCAACAAAAAACAAUCCGCGCUGGCUGUGGCUCAAAGUGAGCUGGACAUCCUCCGGGAGAAGAGCAAUGCUGGCGCUGUCUUACUCGAAGAAGCGCAAUCGAAGAUUUCAUCAAUCGAGGAGACUAUUGCCCGGAAAGAGGAAGACCUGGAGGAAUGCAAGGCCCAGAGGUCCACCCUUGAGGAGGAAGUUGCACAGCUUCAGAGUGAUCUCAAGAAAUACAGCGUCAAAGAACCUGAUGUUCGCGCCCAUGUCUCUAACGCUCGACAGAAGGCUGAGGAGGCUAGAGCCACUGUUGCCAGUACGCAAAAUCGUGGAAGCGUGCUAAGUGGUCUAAUGCGCCUCAAGGAAUCUGGCCGUAUUGAAGGAUUCCAUGGUCGACUUGGAAAUCUCGGUACGAUCGAUGAGAAAUACGAUGUGGCCAUAUCAACAGCCUGCCCUGCGCUGGAGAACAUGGUUGUGGACACAGUCGAGGUCGGACAGCAAUGUAUCGACUACUUGCGGAAGAACAACCUCGGACGUGCCAACUUCAUCCUUCUAGACCGUCUUCCCAAGCGAGACCUGAAUACCAUCCCCACUCCCGACAAUGUUCCCCGACUGUUUGAUCUGGUGAAGCCCAAGGAUCCGAAAUUUGCACCCGCGUUCUAUAGUGUGAUGCAGAAUACUCUUGUUGCAAAGGAUUUAGAGCAGGCCAACCGAAUCGCUUAUGGCGCCAGACGGUGGAGAGUUGUCACCCUUGACGGUCAGCUCAUCGAUACCUCCGGUACAAUGAGUGGUGGCGGUACCCGGGUUGCCCGUGGUGCAAUGUCAUCUAAACAGGUUGGCGAUAUCAGCAAAGAACAGUUGGUCCAGAUGGAAAGUGACCUUGAAGAGAUGGAGAGGAAGUUUCAGAAAUUCCAAGAGAAGCAGAGACGCGUAGAGGCGGCCUUGCGAGAGAAAACCGAAGAAAUCCCCCGAGCGGAGACCAAGAUCCAGAAGAUUAUGAUUGAGAUCGAUAGCGCCAAACGCAGCCUUGCCGAUGCUGAACGACGUGUUCAGGAGCUAAGUGCGGCACACAAACCAUCGAAAACAGACGCAAGUCGAGUAAAGGCUCUUGAAGAACAAAUUGCUGGCAUCGAAGAGCAGAUUGAGGAUCUUCGCUCGCAGAAAGGAGGAAUCGAAGAAGAAAUCCAAGCACUCCAGAACAAGAUCAUGGAGGUUGGUGGUGUCAGACUACGCAGCCAGAAAGCCAAGGUCGACGGGCUCAAAGAGCAGAUUAGUCUUUUGUCUGAUGAGAUCUCUAACGCUGAGGUUGCGAAGUCGAAAAACGAGAAGCUGGUCAAAAAGCAUGAGAAUACCCGUGCAGACGCCGAAAGGGAGCUUGCCAGUGUGGCCGAGGAGCUUGAGAAGUUAAAUGAGGAUGUUGCGAACCAAGCCAGCGAUGCGUCUGGGUGGAGAGAGAAUGUUGACAAGGCGAAAUCUGCCCUUGAAACCAAGAAAGAUGAGCUCAACACCAUGAAGGCGGAAUUGGACGAGAAGAUUGCGGAGUUGAAUGAAACUCGGGCCACAGAAAUCGAGAUGCGCAACAAGCUGGAGGAGAACCAGAAAGCACUGACGGAAAACGAGAAGCGCAGCCGCUACUGGCAGGAGAAGCUGGGCAAGCUUACUUUGCAAAACAUUAGCGACUUGGGCGAAGAACAGCAGCCUAGUGAAUUCCAAACUUUCACCAAGGACGAGUUAUCGGAGAUGAACAAGGACUCUUUGAAGGCAGCAAUUGCAGCUCUGGAAGAGAACACGCAGAACUCGUCAAUAGACCUUUCUGUGAUUGAAGAGUACCGGCGCAGGGCAGCCGAGCAUGAGGCGCGUUCUGCGGACCUUGCGACUGCUCUUGCCAGCCGGGAUAGUGCCAAAUCUCGUCUUGACGGGCUGCGGUCUGCUCGCCUCAACGGCUUCAUGGAAGGUUUUGGUGUCAUCUCUCUUCGUCUGAAGGAGAUGUACCAAAUGAUUACCAUGGGAGGAAACGCUGAGCUGGAGCUGGUGGACUCUCUCGAUCCGUUCUCCGAGGGUAUUCUGUUCUCUGUCAUGCCGCCCAAGAAGAGCUGGAAGAAUAUUGGUAACUUGUCCGGUGGUGAGAAGACGCUCUCCAGUUUGGCGCUGGUCUUUGCUUUGCAUCACUACAAGCCAACACCGCUAUAUGUCAUGGACGAGAUUGAUGCAGCCCUGGAUUUCCGAAAUGUUUCUAUCGUGGCGUCGUAUAUCAAGGAGAGAACCAAGAACGCGCAGUUUGUCGUCAUUUCACUGCGUAAUAACAUGUUCGAACUCGCAUCUCGCCUUGUCGGUGUCUACAAGGUCAACCACAUGACAAAGAGCGUAACGAUCGAAAACAGAGACUACAUCACAGGCCGGUGA